CAACGAGCAGUGUCAUGAUGAUGGUGCUGUGGAUUACUUUGCUCUUUCUUCAUCAAGGAUAUUCUCUGGUUCCAAUGAAAAUCGUUCAGCUUGGUGAACCAGCAACGUUAACAUGUGCUUUACCCAGCAAUAAAGAGCUCAGCACUUUGGAAGUCCACUGGUACAAGCAGAGUAUCGGGGAUGGGCUCAAACUGAUUUCAACACUGUAUGGAACUACACCACCUCAGUAUGGUCAAGAAAUAGUUAGAUCAAGAUAUGACGCAUGUAAUACAAAAACAUUUAGCAAUCUGACCAUUUUGAAGACAGUCCAAGAGGAUGAAGGAAUCUAUCACUGUGGAAUCAUUGAAUGGCUUAAUCCUGAAUGGAGUGGGACAUAUUUGUUAGUAAAAGGAAACACUCAGAGAGCAUCAAACUAUACUGUCAUUCAGUGGCCAGCUGUAUCAGAUCCAGUCAAUCCAGCAGACACAACAGCUCUCCAGUGUUCAGUCUUCUCUGACUCUGACAACACAUAUGCACGGGAUCAUGAUAUGUUCUGGUUCAGAGCUGGUUCAGACAAAUCUCAUCCUAGCAUCAUCUACACUGGCAGAAAGAAAAGCAAUGAAUGUGAAAAACCAUCUGACCUUCAGAAUAGCUGUGUUUAUCGCUUCUCUAAGAACAUCAGCUCCUCUGAUGAAGGGACUUACUAUUGUGCUGUGGCCACAUGUGGAGAGAUAUUAUUUGGAAAUGGAACCGAUCUGAAAGCUGUGGAAAAAACACAGUCGGCAUUUAUUCAACUGGCCUUAAUAAUAGUGUGUUUGGUCAUUUCUGUCACUGGAAAUAUUUUCCUCAUCUGCAACCAAAGAAUACAAAAUAAAGAAAAUGCUAUAUCGGAAGACCAAAUUGACACCUCACACCAACCAGCUGAAACUGAUGGCCAUGUAAACUAUGUUGCACUGAACUUCAGUGAAAGAAAAUCGAGAAGCACAAGGAAGAGAGACUUUGCUGAGGACAGUGUCUACUCUCAAGUUAAAUCCUGAUUUCAAGUGUUGUGUGUUUUCUUGAAAAAACAAAAACACAGAAAAUAAAAGAAAAUUAGGAAAAAAUAUCAAAGAAAAGAAAAAUCAACACAUCAACUUUAAAUUUUGCAAAAGAAAAAACAAAAACAAAAAAAAUCCUCAAACUACUAUGUGAUUUUAUCAGUGGAUUCACACUCCUGUUGGAGAGGAGACGUGAGUCCCGCUCACUCCAUAGGUAGCUUUCUGCCUUUGUAAGAGAAAUUAAGUUGAGUGCUGCUGAAUUAGAAGCUUUUCUUGUAAAAACAAAUUGUUUUUGUUGGAGAUAACUGUAGUGUGAGAAAACACUUGUGCAGACUGACAGUAUGAAUUCAGGAAUGUGAGAGUUUAGCUGAACUGAGCCUUGCAGCCAUGUUGUUUGUUACUGCAGUAGCAUUGUAUUGCCUGUUUGUCUUUCCUGUUAGGUGAGCUUGACUUUAUAUUUGCUGUUUUUUUUGUUUUUUUUUUUAAGAUUAGAUAAUGUAGUUUGUUUCUACCUUAAAUAGUUGAAUGGAAAUUUGAAUGUGAAUUAUAGCUUUCGUUGUUUUUAUGCUAGGUCACCUAGUCCCAUUUUAGUUUGCAUGUUAGUGUUAUAUCAUGCACAGCUACACGGACCACCUUGCAAUGCAUCAUCUCUGCUAAUAAUCACAACAACAACAACAGCAAUAAAAACAACAAUAAUAAUGACAUGUAUUAUGAUGAAUAUGACUUGCUUUGAGGGUCCGGAGUCUAGUGACUCCCAGUUUAUGUUUAUUAAUAUUCAUUGAUUUUGUUAGUUUAUUAGUUAUUUGUAAUUAUUUCCAGUGUUUAGGUGUUCUCUGUGCCUCCCUUGUGUUACUUGUGUUGUGUCUAGUGUUCUUGGUUCUAUGUUCCCCUUUCCUGUUUUACUUCGGAGAGUCUUGUGCAUCAGUGUAUUCUGUUUUGCUUCCACCUGGUCUCAUCUUGUCUGAUUAUUAUGAGCUGUGUUCCCUGCCUGCCUGCCAUUUCCUCACUUCCCUGUGUGUAAUAUAUAGUGUGCGCUUGCCUCUGUCAGAAUGUCUGCGUUUUCUCCUGUUUGUCAUCCCCCGUGUUUCAUCCUGCAUUUCCUCCUCAAGGUUUCCAUGUCUUAGGUUCCGCGUUUCCAGUUUCAGGUUUUUGGUAAUGUUUUCUAUGUUCCUCAUGUUCUUUAAUUGAGCUUUUCCCGGUUUAGCUUUUUGUUUGUUUUUUCUCAGUUCCUCCGCCACCUUUUGUUUUGUAGCUUUUUGUGCAGUCAAGAAUAAAGGCUCGUUUUUGUUAAAGAUCCACAUUCAUCUCCAUUGUCUGCGUUUGGGUCCAGUUUAUGUUUGCAUCGGGGGAGGGAUAUCUGUGUGUUUUAUGUGUCUUUGUGCCCUGUCUGUGUCAUUUCAUUACAUUUCAGUUUCUUUUUUAAAUGCUUUAUAAAACAAAAAUAGUCUUUACUUUCGAUGAAGUCACGCAACUGUCUAAAUAAACAUAAAAUAUGGAAUUAAUAUAAAAACGAUAAAAUCUCGACUACCACACUCUCAAACAAUGAACUCAUAUCUUACAUGUACAAAUGUACUAAAUAUCUUGUUAAUCACAUAGACUUUCUAAAUGGCACUAUGAACAUGCUAGUUGCUGGUAGGUCUUGGGCUACACAAAUGGUGCUUUUUGUUAAUUGUUCUGUUUAUAAUUAUAUCCAUAACUUUUAAGGAUAUAAUUUUUAGCCAUAGUCAAAUUGUCAGAGGUUUCCAGUUCAGAGAUCAUGGGAAUAUUUUUCUUUUUAAUUUAUAUUUUAUGUGGGCUUUCUGGCUUCAACAAGUGCUCACUGAUUCCUGCUGGGAAGGUUUGUUGUUAACUGGGCUCUAAGAUAAGAUAAGAUA